UAUUGAGAAACAGAGAGGGACAGAGCAUGAGCAUGAGAGGGGCAGAGAGAAGGUGAGACACAGAAUCUGAAGCAGGCUCCACGCUCUGAGCUGUCAGCAUAUAUCCCGACAUGGGGCUUGAACUCACAAACCGCGAGAUCAUGACCUGAGCCUGAGUCAGACGCUUAACUGACUGAGCCACCCAGGUGCCCCCCUCUGAAAGUAUAUCUGAAGCAUAUUUUGUCUUGUGUCUUAGAGAAUUUGUUAGCUGGCUGCUUCUCCAGCCUUCUUUUUAAGAGCUGAGUGCUUGAGCCAAUGAGGUGCUGCCAUUCUGUUUCCAUAGCAAUAAAAGAAACAAACCUUCACCUGCCAUCUCCCAACCAAAUCUCACAACUCAAGGCCCAAGUCAAGAGAGUCUGAAUGAAAGGUUGACUUUCUCCUCUAGUUUGACUUUCAUGGCAAUACUGAAAGAUUCAAACCGGACUGUAUUUAGAAGGAAAAUUUGUGCUGACGCCCAUUCAGCCUUUGUAAAAGCCUUUGACUGAAUUCACUGCAAGUCUGUCUCUCUGCCCUACACGUACUGUGGAUUUUGUUUUGGCAUUUCAAUCACUUGGAACAACCAAAGUCUCAAGUUCUGGAACUUCUGGAUUUCAUCUAAAAUGAAUGCUAAUUUUAUGGCGAUGAGAAACAGUUUCUCUAUAAAAUUGUGAUGUCUUUAAGACUCUUGACUUGGAAAAGGACCACAUGGGAGAAACAAAUCUUUGAGAAGUUCCAGAGUGGCUGCACCAGCUUACAUUCCCAACUCAGCUCCCUUUCUGAUGGCUACCCUCCUGACCACAAGUUCCCUAAGGGCACAGUGCAAGUGUUCCAUAUUCCCCAGCAUCUAGCACAGUGCUCACAGCAAGCGUCUGACCUCCUGAUCUAGCAGCUCCUGCCAUGUACCCCAACCCUCUCAUCUACUGUACCUGCUGGGACCCUUGGAACUUGGGACCACGGAAGCUAAUCAAGACCCCUCAGCCACCAAGCAAGACCUCCACAGGGAAGCCCAAGCUAACUCCUCUUCCUUCAGCUGCAAAAAAACAAAAUUGUGUCCAACCCACAGCAAAACCUGUUGUUGCCCCAAAAGGGAAACUCCAUUUAGGAAAACAAGAGGAGAGCAAUAAACCACCUUAUGAAGUGAUAAACGUGUCACCUGGUUAUCACCUCAUUCGAAAUAGGGAGCAGAUUUCCGUCACCUUGGGAGAUGAAAUGUUUGAUAAGAGAAAGCGGUCGCAAUCAGAGAUCAUGGACAGAGUCCAGAUUUCCAGGACUGAUAUCAUUACUGACCUGCAAGAGCAGAUCUCAGAAUUGACAGUGAUCAUUGAGCAAAUGAACAGAGACCAUCAGUCUGCCCAGAAAUUGCUCUCGGAUGAAAUGGCUCUCCGCUGUGCUGAGAUGCAGCAGAACUUCGAAAACAAAAACAGAGAGCUCAAAGAGGCUCACGCAGCAGAGCUCAGUCAGUUGGAGAACAACUACAAAGCCACACUGAAGGCAGAGAAGCUGGCUGCCCAAGAAAAACUAGAUGAAAUGGGAAAGGAGUAUAAGUAUUUGAAGAAUAUGUUUCAUAUGUAUCAGGACAGCAUUUAUGAUGAAAUGGAAGAUAAGUGGUUGAAGAAGAAGGCAGAAUGGGAGAAGGAUAAGAAGUUGGAGCGGGAAAAGAUCCUGCUACAGCAAAAACAUAAUAUGACAAAAAAGUUUGAGUUAGAGUCAGAAGAAGAAAAGAAGAAAAUAAAUGACUCCUACAGUACCGUCUUUGAGAACUUCAAUCGAGAGAAGGAGGAGAUACUGAAACAACAUGAAAAGGACACCUUGCAAUUAGAGGAGCUGAGAAAGACCAAACAGGUCAUGGAGGAAGAGUUGAAGGCACAAUCUGUUAUCUUAGAAUCACUUAACACAUCCCUCUACCAAACCCAGAUGGAACUCCAGAGAGAGAAAGCUACAGUGGGAAAUCUGGAGAAAACACUCCAGACCAAGCUUGCCGAGACUGAAGAAAAGUUUAAAUACACCAUACAGCUUCUGACAGAAGAAAACAUUCAUCUAAGGCAAAAAAUAAUUGUGAAGAAUGAAGAAAUUUAUAAGGAACGAUCUGGGAGGUUUCUCUCUAUGUAUGAGAAUGAUUCUGAUAAUUUAGAAGAUGAUAGCAAUGAAAAACAAGAACUAUGAGCAGAAAAGUUGUUCUCCAAUACAAAAGAUGUUAGGAACACCAUCUCCAUAGGCUUAGACAACUUCCGUGAGAGUUUCUUGAGAAAUGUAUAUUAUGAGUUUAGUUCUUGGGCUGCCUGGGUUCUACUUUUGCCUUUUCAAAAUUUCCUUUCUUCUAAGUGGUUGGGAAUGUUUGAAUUCUCAUCUCAGUUAUACAGGCUUUCAAGACUCUUCAUUGUAAAGUGAUGUUCCCUAUACCUGGAUCUAAACUUUCUCUGGGUAUUAUACUAUUUUCUCUUCCACAUUUACACAUUUCAUUAUGAAAACACUGAUCCGAAGAACUUGUUCCUAUUAAAUGUUGACUAUAUUUUGAAAUACACCUUUUGUCCCCCUGGGGCAUUUACCUAGCAAAAAUGUAAUUUGUUGAUUCAAUUCCAAAAAUCCUUUCUCUCUUACAUGUGUCCCCACUGCUCCACUUCUCAAUCGUGUUCCCUAUACUAUGAUUUUGGAAAAAGUGUCUGCUGAUCCUUGCCACCUUCUCUAAACAAUCAUCAGAAUUCAAAUCCCCACAGGGCAGGCAACUGGUUUUGGGGGUAGAUUCCCAUGAUUCAUCGCUUACAUACAA